AUGGGGGUGCUGACUCGACGGCGAGCGGACCUCAACCAUCUUCAGAGCUCCCCAGAUACCUCCGACGACGCCAGCCACACUUGCACCUCAGGAACACUGAGAGUGGUCCUCGACAACCAUUCCCUGUGGCUCCAGUUUUACCGAGAGCAGACGGAAAUGAUUAUUAACAAGCCGGGCAGGCGAAUGUUCCCUUUACUGGUUUACAGAAUUCAUGGGAUGAAUCCCGUUGCUCGUUACCGGGUAUUUCUGGAAAUAUUGCCGGUUGAUCCACACCACUGGAGUUUUCAGAAUGGCAAGUGGUCUCAGUGUGAAAAAACAGAGAAGAACAUGCUAGGGAAUCAUCUGUAUAUCCACCCAGACUCCCCCAACACUGGGGCUCAUUGGAUGAAGAAAGAGAUCAAAUUUAACCACCUCAAAGUGACUAACAGCAAAGAAACUAUCAAUAAAGGGAAAAAGGACUUUGUGUCCUGA